AUGCUAGCUUCAUCAGCCUCUGACCUUGCUUCUGACCCCACAGCUCCGACUACAUACUGUAAUCUCACCAGCACUGCUAUUCAUCAUUGCGUAAAAGCCAUAGCAAGUCUCAACGCGGCGACAUCCUCGGGAGUCGAUUCAUUCGAAGAAGUAAACGUAAUGCUGGCUACUUGUUUCAUCUUACUCUUCCAAUUCACGCUUCUCUCGGACGGUCUUGUCGAGUAUAUGACCUUUAUUCGAGGCACAAUUGCAAUAGCCAUGUGCAUGGGAAGUCAGCAAAUUAAGUUCAUCUUUCGUGAACUAUGGGGAAAUCAAGACAUUAACUCCAUGGAGUUGGCUUUACAGCAGACUCCUUUAAUUGAUGGCGAGCUCGCAAAGUCUGCUUGUCGAUCAAUCGAAAGCUUGUGGCCGCUUUGUAAAGCUCAAGGGGAAUUAGACAUGUACGGAGCACUAUUGAGCACAGCUAGAUCACUCAUUACCAGCUCUGAAGAUGCAUAUCUCUCAUUACGAUCCAUUUACAAUAUUUUCUCCUUCAAAAUGACUCACGAAAAUUUUCGAGAUUUAACCAGAACAUCAAACGAAAUUUGGAACGCGAUUCUUGCUCACUUGGUUGCUUUAUAG